AUGUCAGAUGAAGAUGAUCUGGAAGACUUCGAUGCAGACCAGGAUGAUCUGGAAAAGGAAGAGGAUGAGAGGGAGACAGAGGAGUGGGAGGACUACAGGAAGGAGGGAGAAGACCUCUCUGAGGAAUGGUUGCCCACCCCCCUCACGGAGGACAUGAUGAAGGAAGGGCUUUCUUUGCUCUGCAAGACGGGCAAUGGACUGGCUCAUGCUUAUGUCAAGCUGGAGGUUAAAGAGAGGGAUCUGACAGAUAUCUACUUGUUGCGUUCCUACAUCCAUCUGCGCUAUGUGGAUGUUUCUGAGAACCACCUGACAGAUUUGUCCCCGCUCAAUUUCCUUACACACCUGCUCUGGCUCAAGGCUGAUGGCAACCAUCUGCGGAGUGCCCAGCUGAAUGAACUGCCCUACCUGCAGGUUGCCAGUUUUGCCUAUAACCAGAUCACUGACACAGAGGGCAUCUCUCACCCUCGUCUGGGCAGCCUGGAUCUCAAAGGUAACCGCAUCCGCAUGGUGACAGGUCUGGACCCCCAAAAGCUGAUCAGCCUGCACACCUUGGAGCUUCGGGGGAACCAGAUAGAAACCACCCUGGGAAUCAACCUUCCUAAACUGAAGAACCUCUUCUUGGCCCAGAACAUGCUGAAGAAGGUGGAGGGCUUGGAGAACCUAAGCAAUCUCACUACCUUGCAUCUUCGAGACAACCAGAUUGAGACUCUGAGUGGCUUCUCCAAGGAAAUGACAUCGUUACAGUAUCUCAACCUGAGGGGCAACAUGGUGACCCACCUGGGAGAGCUGGCCAAGCUUCGGGACCUGCCCAAGCUGCGAGCCUUGGUGCUGUUGGACAACCCGUGUACAGAUGAGAGUGACUAUCGCCAGGAGGCCCUGGUGCAGAUAGCACACCUCGAACGCCUGGAUAAAGAUUUCUACGAGGAGGAGGAGCGGGCUGAGGCUGAUGAGAUCCGUCAGAGGAUGAAGGAGACCCAGGAGCAGGAGGCUGAGCCUGAGCACAGCUUCAAACUGGAGCAGUCUUCCAUGUAG